UGGAUGACCGGCCCGCGUCCGCCGGAUAGACAAGACGCCUCAGCAACGACGACGUCCUCGGCUCCACUGUUGACUCUUGUUGGCAGAGACUCCUAAAGCGUCACCGUCUCCGGGCAGUCUCGCAGUAAACUUCCGCUGACUCGCCGUCGUUUGAAAUUCCUAGUGAGUCAGACAGCGUCUCCCGUGAGCGACUCGAUCGGCGACCACCCCCCCGCUGCUCCCCCGGAGUCAUCCCUCCUUCUUCUACACAGACGCCCUGCUGUGGACUGACGAGCACAUUAUUACGCCCACGAUGCGCUCUCCGGUUUCUGUGGUGCUGCUUCUUGGGCUGUUCUGCCUGUCGGUGACGUCAAUACCCGCAGGCUACCCUGUGGCCAACCCGUAUUCCCUGGUGUACUCCGACUACCCGCUCCCGUACCACAACGGUUACGCCCAGCCGUACCAGGCCACCUACCAAACUGGCUACCAGCCUGGCUACCAGUACUACCCGUCCGGUUACCAGCCCGGCUAUCCCGGAGGCCACCAGACGUUAGUCGUUGGACUCGGCUCCCACGGGGGCCACGUCCUGUUUCCGACCACGGUGCCGAACGCGCGCCCUGUGCUUGUUCCGCUAGUGCCGGUGGUGCAGCAGCAGCAGCAGCAGCAGCCCUCCAGGCGGCCCCAGCUCCCGGACAGACACGACAGGCCGCUGGUUGUGAACCCCAAGCAGGUCAUCCGGGCAGAGGAACCCGACAACCGCCGCCAUAGCACCGGCCGCCACGAACCGGAAGAAGUCAUCGACGUCAUCGUGGACCGGAAGCCCGUCACCGCACAGUAGACAGUGCUGCUCCCGGCGGACGAUACGGAAAACUAACACGGGGAGAAAGGCAACAGAACAUUAAAGAACAUGGAAACUCUC